GUAUGGCCUCACACAUUUUGGUCUACCCGCCAAACGUUUAUCAAACCCAAACAAGUGCCUUUUACAGUGUGAAGAAACCCAGAGUUGAGCUCAACAGCUGUGUUUUUCAUGAUAGGACCCUGCAGACCUAUAUAAUUGGAGUAAACCUUGGCAUUGCUAAGCCUACCAAUAUCAUCCCUUCAAUUAAGACGAAAGUGUAUUGUAGACCCCUGAGUGGGCAGGACUUAUCCUCGCAGGCAGCUACAUCCCUGAAAGAAGUACACAGUGAGUUGCUCCAAAAAACGACCCAGACCCAGGGCCCCCCCUGUCAAGGCAAGGGUCGAGAGAAGCUGGGACUGCAGUGGGACAGCAGUGUAGCUACAGGUGCAGUCAGACUGGGUAGAGGGGACUGUGGCCAGAGAAGCAGCAGUGAAGAAGGUGAGGAGAUAGAAGAGCACAGUGGCGGUGUGAACUAAUUGGACAGCUUCCUGCGAUGUGGGCUGAACUGUAAGGGUGAGUGGAGAACAGUGGGAAAGCCAUGCAGAUAGUAGAGGACAUUUCCAUGAUACCUGCCAUGUUGCAAACUAACGUAGGGAACAAGAACAUGGUGGGGGGAGUGCCCCCCAAACAGAGUGGUGGUGGGACUGGGGCUCAUAAUGCAGCAGGGGAUGGGGACUACCAGUUGGUGCAGCACGAGGUCUUGUGCUCCAUGAAGAACACUUAUGAGGUGCUGGAGUUCCUGGGUCGUGGCACCUUUGGACAGGUGGUGAAGUGUUGGAAGCGAGGCACAGGGGAGGUCGUGGCUAUCAAGAUCCUAAAGAACCACCCAUCGUACGCGAGGCAGGGCCAGAUUGAGGUGGGCAUCCUUGCCCGUCUGAGUGGGGAGAAUGCUGAUGAGCACAACCUGGUGCGGGCCUUCGAGUGCUUCCAGCACCGCAGCCACACGUGCCUGGUGUUUGAGAUGCUGGAGCAAAAUCUCUAUGACUUCCUCAAGCAGAACAAGUUCAGCCCGCUGCCAUUGAAGGUGAUCAGACCGGUCUUACAGCAGGUGGCCACUGCGCUGAAGAAGCUCAAGAGCCUGGGCCUGAUCCACGCUGACCUGAAGCCGGAGAACAUUAUGCUGGUGGACCCGGUGCGACAGCCUUACCGGGUGAAAGUCAUCGACUUUGGCUCGGCCAGCCACGUGUCCAAAGCCGUGUGCUCCACGUACCUGCAGUCACGCUACUACAGG